UAUGAUAUGGAGUCUGCGCACCAAAACAACAAUAAUAAUUUUUCAGAAAUUCCAUAAUCCCAGAUAGCAAAAUCUCACAGGGGGGGUGGGCGGAUCUCGGCCGUCUGAUCAGGAAUAACGAACGAUCCUCUCAAGAUUACACGUGGUACCCAUCUUUCUCUUCUUAUUUGCUUUCGUGCAUGGAAUUCUCCUCCAACUAUAACACCCAAACAAGAAGUAUGAUGAGAGAGAAAAGUGUGAUGAGUAGAGGGAGAGAGAGGGGAGAAGUAGGGUGGGGUGGUGGAGUAGCUUAGAGGAGGAAGAAGAAGAAGAAGAAGAAAGGGUCUCUGGUUUUGUUUGAUUUUUUUUGCACAAAUUUUUUUUUUUUCCAGUUUUUUUGGUUUUUGCUUUGUUGAAAUUCGUGGGCAUUUAGAGAAAAGUGGGUCUGAUCUUUCUGCUUUAAUCUCAAGAAUGUUUCCAAAUCUGACUCUGUGAUCUGUGUCCACCAAUUCCCUCUUGCCAGAUUUGAGCUCUCCCAAAACUUAGGUCUGAUCUGCUGGGCUCUGCUUUCUCUAUCUCUCUGAACUGGGAUCAUCAAAAUCUUGCUCUCAGUGUCCCCAAGAUUUGAGCUUUCUCCCAAUUCCCCCAUUAAUCUUGGUGGGAUUUCCCAAACUGUUUCUGCUAAAACUUUGCCAUUUUUUUUUGGUUUCUGAAUCCGGGUUUUCAGUUGAGGGGAUGAUGAAAUUUGGUGGGAUGGAAGAAGAUCAAGAACUGAUGAAGUUUGUGUGCAAACAGUGCUACAAGAGGUACCCUUGUGGGAAGUCACUGGGGGGGCACAUGAGGUCUCAUGUGGUGGCAAAUUCAGCUGAAAUGGUGGAUGAGAAGGGGGGUGGGGGUGGGGGUGGGGGUGUGGACCCCACAGCCAUGAAAAGAGAUCAUCAUCAUCAACAAAGAUUUGAGCAUGGAGGAGGGUAUUCUAGCUAUGGUCUGAGAGAGAAUCCCAAGAAGACUUGGAGGGCUGUGGACUCAACUUCCCCUUUGCCCCAAGAAAAGGCCUGCAAGCAAUGUGGUAAGGUGUUUCAGUCUCUGAAAGCCCUGUGUGGCCACAUGGCCUGCCACUCUGAGAAGGAGAGGGGGGGUGGGGUCAAGGAUGAUCAGUCAUGGUCCAGUGAGAGCAAGAAGCUAGAAGAAGAAGAUGAAGAAGAAGAAGAAGUGGAUGAUGAUGAUGAUGAUGAUGAUGAUGAUGAGAGUGAUGAUGUUGAUGAUGUUGAUGAUUCUGAUACUGAACCUGAGGAGGACCAGAUCCCAACCACCACAACAAGGGACAACAACAACAACAGAUCACAAUCCACCCAUCAUCCUAAGAGGUACAAGAAACUUGUUGUCAAGUCUUAUUCCUUAUCCUUAACUAACAACAAUAGUAUUGGCUCAUCAUCUGUGUCUGAGAUUGAUGAGCAAGAGCAGGAGGAAGUAGCCAAGUGUUUAAUGAUGUUGUCUAAGGAUUCUGGGAACUGGUAUGGUUCAGUUGUUGAGUUUUCUGACAAUAACUCUGUUGUUCUUGAGACCAAAUCAUCAUCCAUUGACAUGAAAACUUCUAGAAAGAAUGGCAAUGGUAAUGGGAAUGGUAAAGGGGUUGUCUAUAAGGUCUGCAAUAGAGACAAUAAUGAAACUCAAAACCCCCCAACCAAGAAAAUGGGAGAUAAUAGGAAAGUGAUGAAAUCUAGCAUUGUUCAUACUGAGAUGGCAGAAUCCCAGAGCUCUGAUUCUGGGUAUUUCUUAGGAGAAAACAAGGUUGAAUCGGAUGUUUCUGUUAACGGGUUUCUUGCCAAAUGUAAAGUCUUGAACAGAGUAAAAGGCUAUGUGGAGCCAAGGAGGGGGGGAGUGGAGAAGGAGUAUGAGAAUUAUGAUGAUUUUGGAGUGGCAUCGAAUUCCGGGAAGCAAAAGAGGACGAAUGACACUUCUUAUGAUCCCGAAAUGGAGACUGGAUCGUAUAAGAAGACGAAGGUUGUUGCUGCUUCUUCUCCCGGGACUAAUGCUAAUAAGAAGAAGUACGAGUGUUUGAAUUGUAAGAAGAGUUUUAACUCUUAUCAGGCUCUUGGUGGGCACAGGCCUUGCCACAAAAAGACGAAUCCCGAUAUGGAGUCGGGUUAUGGGACUGGCGAGAAUAGCUUAGAUGCUGAUGAGACCUACAACCAUGGGAACGGUGGGAAGAUUAGGGAUUGUUUCGGGAGCAAAAAGGCGGGGGCGACAGAGAAGAAGGUUAGGCCGAAGAAAGGGAAGGGCCAUGAAUGCCCAUUCUGUCAUAGGAUGUUCAAGUCUGGGCAGGCUUUAGGAGGGCACAAAAGGUCACAUUUCAUUGGGGGUGCUCAGGUCAUCAAUGGCAGCCACCAAACUCCAGCUGCCGCCAAGGAAGAAGCGGCCGAUUUGCUCGAUCUCAAUCUUCCUGCCCCGGUCGAGGACGAAGAUGAUGAGCAGUUGAUGGCUUGGUAGUAGGAUUUCUAAUAAGAAAAGAGAAGAAAAGAAGAAAAAAAGAUGAUCACUUUGCUGUUGGGACAAUUUCCAAUUCAAUAAUUCUUGAUCUCAUGCUGGGAUGCAUGCAAAUUUUUGCCUCAAAAUCAAAGAUUUUUCAACAACCACCCUGCAUUCUUGCAGUGUUUAUGAUGAUGAUGAUGAUGUGCAAAUGGCUCUUAAUCUACCAUUCCCAUCACCCAUUUUUGCAUACUCCAAGAAUGCCUCUGUUUUUACUGUUUUCAUCCAUUUGGUUAUCUUCUGCAGAUAAUAACAUUUUGUCCAAGCUACUGGCUUUUCUUGUAUAGACCAUUACACCUUAAUUACUCAGUAAUUCUUUUGUUUUUCUCAAUUGAAGAUGCUUAGUUCUC